CCCAACUCGUUGAGUUCGUAAAUUCUAGGGUUUCGGUUCUGAAUCGGCCCCUUUUGCCCCUCUAAUCCUCCAAUCUCUUACGUUUCCUGAAUCGGAUAUUCCAGAUCUUUCUUUCCCCUCUUGAAUUUGGUCCCGAUUUUGUCGAUUUUUGACCGCUUCGAAUUUCUAGGGUUUCGAAAAUUUCGUACCGAUUGGGUUUGGUCUGUUGUGUAAAUUCGUAAAGGGGUUUUGUUCCCUUUGCUGUUGUAUAGCUUUCCCAUAAAUUCUUUGUGAAUAAUUUCGAGGUUUGUUCGUGAAUUGGGAACCUAGGGUUAGGGUUUCUGAAAAAAAAUUCAAUCUUUGAAUUUGGUCAAAUUAGAUUGGGGAUAAGAUUCCUGAGGUCGAUUAAUCGAGUUUGGUAUAUUGUUCGGUGCUGUAUCAUAUCAAUUAAGCUCUCUGCCAUAUCGGUUUGAUCUUCCCACCUUAUUUGUGGAGGUUGAUAUGGGAGUCAAGAGGCCCUUUGAUAAUGUGGACUUUCAGGAGCUUCCUUGUAAGCAUUCAAGGCAGCUUGAUUGCAGUGACAAGCGUUUUCCAUUUGCUGAUGUUGUUUCUUGUUAUAGUGCACCUGAAAAACCUUACGUUUCAGGUGAUGGGCUUGGGGUACUAGAAAAGUAUAAUGUUGGUAAAGAUUCAACAGAUGUCAGUAAAGGUAGUGUGAUCAAUGCUACCUCUGCAUUGGUCACCAGCAGUUGUGGUGAACAAGAUGUUGGUUCUGGUAAACAAGAUGCUCCUUCACCUCCUGCAGAGUAUUUUGAAUGUGAUUACCCCAGGAGAGCAUUUGUUUCUUUUAAGGAUGACUACUCUUCUUUGUUGGAUCGCUCUCCAAGAAAACAAGUUCCUGUUGGGCCAAAUCAUCAAGCCAGUAUUCCAUCAUGGAGUGGACACGACUGUUAUACUGUUGAGGAUAGGCUUUUGGGAACGACUGUUAUUCCAAUGCCUGACCUGAACCUGUCAGCUCCGGAGUUUGAUAAGGUGGGGCAGGGCCGAAAAAAUUGUAAAUGCCUAGAUGCUGGGACCUGCAGGUGUGUGCAGCAGCAUAUCAUGGAAGCACGGGAAGAACUCCGAAGAACCCUUGGAAAUGAAAAGUUUGUGAAGUUGGGUUUUUGUGACAUGGGAGAGGAAGUAGUAGCACGAAGAUGGAGUGAUGAAGAAGAGCAGGCUUUUCAUGAUGUUGUUUACUCCAAUCCUGCGUCGUUGGGUAGAAAAUUUUGGAAGCAUUUGUCUGCGGUGUUCCCUUCUCGAAGUAAAAGGGAACUAGUCAGCUAUUAUUUUAAUGUGUUCAUUCUACGUAGACGGGCUGCUCAGAACAGAUCCAAUACUUUAGAAAUAGACAGUGAUGAUGAUGAGUGGCAUGGAAGCUAUGGAAGUGCCAAUGAUGGUACAUUUGCAGAAGAUGAUGAAGACUCUGUCAUUGACUCUGUUGAGGAUGGUCAAGCAGUGGGCCCUAGAGGGUACUCUGAAGAAGAUGAUAGUGAUGAUGAUGACAGUGAUGGUGAUGGUGAUGAUUAUGUGGGAUAUGGAGCAGAUUGUGGGAUGAAUUAUAUAGGAGAAUCGUACAGGCUGAAAUUGGUUGAUGAGGGAAAACAUGAUACUACAGCUCACAAUGGGGAGAAGAUUCCAGGGUGUUAUGAGGAGGAAUUUGGUUAUCAAGAUGAUUCAUGCGUGUCUUUUGAGUUCCAGCCUUAUGUGCAAGACUCUUGUGGUCGAAUUGAUGGUGACCGUGAACCUGCUGCUGGUGUCUUACCAGGCACUGGGUUCAAGGAUGAGCGUAGCCAGGAUGAUGCAUCUAGUGAUGUAGUGGGUCAUGGAUAUCUGUUGGAGCCUUGUGACACUAAAAUUUGGGACGCUAGGUUACCAAUGGAUCCCAUCAAAGGUAUUGAUCUUCUACCCACAUGGAGUAUGAUUGAAAACAUAUUUGAUCAAGGCAUGGGGGAUUACAAGAUGAGGGAUGACCAAAAGGCACCAGCUAGUGGGUAGUGAUGGACAGUUGGCAAUCAGGUCUAGGAAAUAAUUCCUUAAGUGCUAUAGUAUGCUAAUGUAAAUUCAGUGUUGCCUUCUGAAUUUGUGAGGGCUAGUGCGAAGUUUUGAGAUUGGCAGUAAAGUUUCUCUGCCAGGCAACAUUUUUUUCCCUGAAAGCGCAGGCGAUUUUGAAAUCCGGUGCUCCUUUUGUACAGAAGUCUCAUGAAAUGUAAUGUUUAUUUGUAAUUGUAUGUCAAGUUCUCUCAAUGGAAUGAAGAUUCACCCUGUCAUUUUGU